UCUCGCUGCCCGCCAAGGCCACACAUGCUGAGUCUGAAUAGUGGCCAGAGAUGCCACACGUUUCUCGUAUGUCUCCCUCCCCUCCCUGCCUUUCCGGCAAUUGUGUCAUCACCAGAAACACAUAAAACCUGGUGUUGGUCAUCCCUCCUUGUUCUCUAUCUCUGAAUAUAUUUUUCUCUUUUUGCUUGGCUCGAUACAUCUCGUACUCUAUUCUCCACACUCGCUCUACUGCCACGAUAGACACAUAUUCCAGCCACCAUGAUGCAGCGGGACUCGUUUCACACCAAUAAAAGCCUACGCUCAGCCACCUCAGGCUCGGCAGACUCUGCGUAUUCUACACACCAGUAUAUGCUCAACAUUAUAAACCAAUUCUCCAACAGCGGCUCGCCGCAGGCCAGCACGGCAGCCGCGGCAGCCCCACCAAGCGAGUCGCUGGAGCAGAUGCAGCACCAGCUCUACGAGCUGCAGUUCCAGGUCGACUACCUCUCGGAACAAAACAAGCGCCUGAGCCGCCACCACAAUUCCACCGAUUCGGCGCGCACCCUGGACGGGGACAUGCCGACCGACUCUUUGGGCGACCUCGACAAGCCGCGCUUCGAUUUCUGCAAGUGGUUCCGCACGCCGGGCCCGAAAACCGAAGUCCUGUACCGCCGGCACCUGAAAUCGGUCACUGAGCCGAUCACGUCGCCGCUGUUCCGCCUAACGAAGCCCGCCAGGGUUGCUGACCUGCUCGACACGUACCAGCAGCACGAGGCACCGAUUGCCGAGUUUAUGAGCAAUCACAGGGCCGUUGACGUAUUCCAGAAGUAUGUUCUGGAGGAUGCGCGCAGGCUGCCAACAGAGCCGCAGAUCGCCGACUUGCACGACCAGACUACUGAGCAUCUGCCGCCCCUGGCUGCUGAAGAGUACCGUAGCCAUAUCUCGCGGCUCUCUUACCUGAUGCGCUCCCUGCAUGCAAUCGAGAUUGCCGAUCCAGUGUUCCUGAACGACCCGCGCACUCACCUCCUGCUUGACCUGGUGUUUGAUCUCGAGCAGGCAUUCACUCUGCCGCGCAUCGACUUCUUGCGCUGCCAUGCCAGCACCAUCCGUGCCAUGAACGAGACCAGCCCAGUGCAUCGCCACAGCUCGCGGCUGAGGUUUGGCUAUGCUGCCCGUGAUUGGGACUACAGCGCCGUCCCCAUGCGUCCAGAGUUUGAACAUAUACGACUCAGAGCCAACGCCAUCCCACGCUACCCUGAUGACCUGCGCCUGGACUCCAUAGCAAUGACGAUCAAUUCGGAUCUUUUGCCGCAGCCACAGCCCCCGCUACCACUACUUGGGCGCCAUGACAGCGGGCUUGACUCCACAACAGAGGACUGCACAGGAGGGAUACGUCUGGCGACUGAGAUUAUCAGCGAGGAUGAUGAGACCUCGUCCGAAAGCAGCUUCGAUCCGAGCGCUGCAAAGAACGCGAACCCAUUGGCUCCGUUGACCGAGAAGCGCAGCAUGGCCAGCGAUUUUCCAUCCAAGCUGCAUCCUGUCGUCAGCCCCGAGUCAAUGGAGGUUGGACCGCCUCUGCACUCAGACAAGCAGAUGUAUGGCCUGGGCCUGAGCAGUUUGAGUACCAGCCAGCUGAUUCGCAGGUCACUAUCGCAUAACCAACAGCCGUCGCCACCUGGGUCAAGCAGGACAUCAGGUUCAAGACUUAGACGAACACAGUAGAAUUUUUGCAUAUCCAACAUUAGUCUGUUCUAAACACAUCAUGGAAGGCUCUGUGAAGCCCAUUAAGCUGCUGAGUCAUCGUCAUCAUCGGGCAUGAGUACAAUUGCUUCCAAGUCAUCCGAGUCGAUGAUUAUAUCGUCAUAUUGCUGGGC